GCCAUAAAAAGUGCCACAUUCGGGGUCUGAACUAUCCUGCUAUCUUAGUCGUGGGUUGUCGCCAUCGUCUAGAAUUCAAAACCCACUUCGCCUUUUUCCAAUGCCGGGGAAAAUUAUUAUUUCUAGACUUAAAAAAAGACUUUAUAUGUAGAGAGGGGUCCAUCAUGUCGUUCCUCUUCGGAAAAGCAGUAGAUUCUUCUGCUGCCGCUUCCAAGUCAGAGUCCGACAUGGCGACACAAGAUAUCCAAAUUCGUACGCCUGAAGAGGCAGUGGCGCGCAUUGCCUACCUUGCUAGCGAUGUCAUCAUCUCCGUUCAACCCUCACAUGCCCAGGACUCUGAAUUCUCUUCCCACCUUAAGAGAUAUGCUGCGCGCAAAGACCCUGGCCUGGUUGUUAAGGCCGAGGGCUCAGUCCCAGAAAUACAAUCUAUCCGACACAACAACGAUCCCCUUCUCUCCGUCUUUGCGCCAAUUCGCUCUGGUCGCCUCACAUCCGUAACCACCACCUCAACUAUUCUCCUCCCCUCUAUCGCCCACUUGUACAAACUAGCGAACUAUCCCGUCGUCCUUCACGUUUCAUUAUACCCAGCUAAUUUCCCUGACUAUUCUGCCAUAACCGCCAUCAGAAACUCAGGAUGGACCUUUAUACAAUCCGAGUCCCUCCAGGAGGCACAGGACAUGGCUAUUACAGCUCAUGCUCUAGCAGUCCGCUCUGGAAAAGGUGUUAUUCACUUCUUCGACCCGAGCUCCUGUUCACACGAUAAGCCAAUCGCUGCAGAGGACGCGACAUCAUUCCGCGAGUUGUUGAACCUAGACGACGUCCGUCGAUACCAAGCCAGCUCGAUUUCGGAGUCGGGCAUAUAUGCCGAUGACGGAAAAGUCGCGGUCGCCUCAGAUCAACCAGAAAGACGCCCGAGCGCUACCCCCAACGGAUUAACAGAUUCAGCCAUUCUUAGCGUCACUUCGAAGACCGUUUCUACUGAGGGUUCGGAAAAGUCUAGCCAACAAAGCAAUGGUUCUAGUGCCCCGCCGAGCGUAUCGUCAGCCACCACAAUCGAAACAGCCCCACCUCUAGUUACAUCUGAGGAUAUCUACAAAUAUGUGACUUCAAUAUGGAGUCAAUUAAAAGCCGCUACCGGUCGUAGCUAUAAUGCUUUUGAGUGGUCGGGCCCGUCAACUGCAGAGAAGGCUAUUUUCGUAUUUGGUUCUGAUGCGGGUUUGUUCGCCGAGGCACUCGAUGCAGCUAAGCCGGAUGACAUAUACGCAAAGGCUGGAUUGAUUACGGCUAGGUUAUACCGACCGUGGUUAGGUUCCAAGCUCCUCGAAGUCAUCCCACAAUCCGUGAAGCGCAUCGCUGUACUAGAGCAAAUUUCGCGAAAGACGACAAGAUGGGGACCUUUACUAAUUGAUAUAUUGACGUCAGUCAAGAGUGGCUUUGGUGGUGUCGAGACUAUAGUUGGUCAUCAAUUGGGAUACAUCACUCCUGACACCAUCAACCAAGCUCUUAGGGGUAUCUUUCAGAAUUUGGCUUCCGAGAAGCCUCUACAAAAUCUAGAGGUGGGAAAGACGAGUGGGCCGCAGGACGAUAAAACUUACGGCCUAGAAAAGCCGAAGCUGGAAACCGCCUAUACCAAAAUCCUCGACCAGCUAUUUGGCAACCGAGCUUACGUAGCGAAUGCUCUCACUUCGAGCAACGCCGGUGUUUCUUCCACGAUAACAGCUAGUCCUGAAUUUGGAUUCGGUUCUCUUCUGGCACGGAAAGAACAUCGCCAAAAAUUUGUCAAGCAAGUUAAGCAAGCCGCUAGCACUAGAUCUUUCAUUACUGAGGCUCCAGUCAACUGGCUUGCGAAAUGGGCGGCGACCGCCGAAGAUGCCAAGAAAGCUGGAGAAAUUGCAGAUGACGUAAUUGCACGACUCGAGACAGACGGAUCCUCAAUUGCACGAGAACUUUUAUCAAGCAAGGGCUUAUUCCGAAAGGAGUCAUUGUGGUUGGUUGGAUCCGAUGCGUGGUCAUACGAUCUUGGUAACUCAGGCGUGCACCAUGUUUUAGCCUCUGGCGAGAACGUGAACAUGCUUAUUAUCGAUUCGACGCCUUAUUCCGAGCGUGCGGCGGCCGAUGCUGAGAGACGGAAGAAGGAUAUUGGUCUUUAUGCCAUGAAUUUCGGCAAUGCUUAUGUUGCGUCCACAGCAGUCUACAGCUCAUAUACCCAGGUUCUUCAAGCCAUGCUCGAAGCCGAUCAAUUCAACGGACCAUCGGUUGUUCUCGCAUAUCUCCCGUACUUCGGUGAGAACGACUCACCAUUGACCGUGUUACAAGAGACUAAGAAGGCCGUGGAUCUGGGCUAUUGGCCACUCUACCGAUGGAACCCCGAGAACGAGAAUAAGGGCGAACCCAACUUCUCCUUGGACUCUGAGCGUGUUAAGAAUGAAUUGAAGGAAUUCUUGGACAGAGACAACAAAUUGACUCAAUUGAUGCGACGCGAGCCAGUUUUUGCUGCGAAUUUAUCUCAAGAUUUCGGUACAGAGGUCCGUGCGCAACAAAAGCGAAAGGCUCGAGAUGCGUAUAAUCAAUUGCUAGAGGGUCUCUUUGGUGCGCCUCUCACAAUUUUAUUCGCCUCGGACAACGGAAAUGCGCAGUCGCUUGCGAAGCGUCUUGGCACCAGAGGCCGUGCUAGAGGUCUUAAGACACUUGUCAUGGCCAUGGAGGAUUACCCCGUUGAAGAUCUCCCCAAAGAGGAGAAUAUCGUAUUAAUUACCUCCACCGCUGGUCAGGGUGAAUUCCCGCAAAACGGAAAGCCGUUCUGGGACGCCAUCAAGGACAACACCGAUCUUGACCUCGCAUCCGUCAACUACUCCGUCUUUGGUCUUGGAGACAAGCACUACUGGCCGCGGAAGGAGGACAGGGUAUACUACAACAAGCCAGCCAAAGAUCUUGACAGGUUACUCGCCAAUUUUGGUGGCAAGAGACUAUCUGAAGUCGGGUUGGGAGAUGACCAAGAUCCUGAUGGAUUCCAAACUGGAUAUGCGCUGUGGGAACCUCAAAUUUGGCAGGCACUUGGUGUCGCAAACGUUGAAGGGCUACCAGAGGAGCCUCCACCACUAACCAACGAAGACAUCAAGCUAGCUUCGAAUUACCUCAGAGGUACUAUCGUUGAGGGUUUGAAUGACCCAACCACUGGCGCUAUCUCCGCAUCCGAUCAGCAACUUACGAAGUUCCAUGGCACCUACAUGCAAGACGACCGAGAUAUUCGUGACGAGCGCAAAGCUCAGGGCCUAGAACCUGCGUAUUCGUUCAUGAUUCGAUGCAGAUUGCCAGGUGGUGUUGCUACGCCGAAGCAAUGGGUCCAAAUGGAUGACAUUAGCACAAGCCUUGGAAAUGAGACUAUGAAGUUAACUACCCGACAAACUUUCCAAUUCCACGGUGUGGUUAAAGGAAAGCUUAAGCCCGCGAUGCAGGCUAUCAACAGGGCUUUAAUGACCACUAUCGCUGCUUGCGGUGAUGUCAACCGAAACGUUAUGUGCAGCUCUCUUCCAACGCAGUCGCAGUAUCACAAGCAAGUCUGGGCUUGCUCAAAGACGAUUAGCGAUCAUCUCCUGCCUUCUACUACUGCUUAUCACGAGAUCUGGCUCACAGACGACGAUAACAAGAAAACACAAGUUGCUGGUAACGCCGUACAGGAUUUCGAGCCCCUUUACGGACCCACAUAUCUCCCUCGAAAGUUCAAGAUUACUAUCGCUAUUCCGCCACACAACGACACAGAUGUCUACGCCCACGAUAUCGGUCUUAUCGCUAUCAAGGGUGAUGACGGUCAAUUGGCUGGUUUUAACGUUCUUGCUGGAGGUGGAAUGGGUGCGACUCACAAUAACAAGAAGACUUAUCCUCAAACCGGUCGCAUGAUGGGUUUCGUUAACACUAAUGAAAUCCAUAUCGCUUGUGAGAAGAUUAUGCUUGUGCAGAGAGAUCAUGGCGACCGUAAGAACCGAAAGCAUGCUCGACUAAAGUACACCAUCGAUGACCUUGGUGUUGAUGUCUUCCGCUCUAAAGUUGAAGCAUUGUGGGGUAAGACGUUUGAACCAGAGCGUCCAUUCCACUUUAAGAGCAACAUCGACACUUUCGGCUGGCAGAAGGACGAGAAUGGUCUAAACCAUUUCACCUUUUUCAUCGAGAACGGCCGAAUUGAGAAUACCGCUGAAUUUCAAAUGAAGACUGGUCUCCGCGAAAUCGCCAAGGUUCACAAGGGCGAGUUCCGAUUGACAGGAAACCAGCAUUUGAUCCUGAGCAAUGUUGCAGAUGAAGAUCUCCCACAAAUGAAGGAAUUACUAAAUAAGUAUAAGCUCGAUAAUGUCCAAUUCUCUGGUUUACGUCUCAGCUCUUCGGCUUGUGUUGCCUUCCCCACAUGUGGCUUGGCCAUGGCCGAAAGUGAGCGCUACCUCCCCGAAUUGAUCACCAAACUUGAGGGUUGCCUUGAGGAGAACGGCCUAGGAAAGGAGUCAAUUGUUAUGCGCAUGACUGGAUGUCCCAACGGUUGCGCUCGUCCUUGGUUGGCUGAGGUCGCAUUUGUUGGCAAAGCCUAUGGUGCCUAUAACAUGUACCUGGGUGGUGGGUAUCACGGACAGCGACUGAAUAAGCUGUACCGAUCCAGCAUCAAGGAAGACGAGAUCCUGGCUAUCAUGAAGCCAUUGCUAAAGCGUUUUGCUUUGGAACGCGAAGAGGGUGAACAUUUCGGUGACUUCUGUAUCCGACAGGGCGUCAUUGUAGCUACUAAGGGAGGACAAGAUUUCCAUGAUAAUGUAAGUUGAACUAUCUUGUGCGAUUAAAAUCACUGUUACUAACGAUUACUAGGUCGGUGAAGAGGAAUUUGAGGAUGAAUGAUAUACUAAAAGUACCCAAAUCUAGAGGCAUUUAGAGCACGCACCAUUUAGCAUUGCAUCAGGGACAGGCGUUCAAGGAGCCCAUAUAUAUAUUUGUAAGUUGAUGUAUAAAUAUUCAUGAAUAUACUUUGAGUUACAUGAUAGGACAAAAAAGCAGUAAUCUGGUCAUUUCAAUUGGUUCCAAGGUUGGUAUGUCCCGCUGACACGCUAUUGGUUAAAUUCUUGCUCUUAUUUCAGUCUUUCUAUUGGUUAAGUCCAACUAAUUCCAAUCAUUCUUGCUCUUAUU